AUGGCGAGCACGGUGGCGGUGGAGGCGGCCCGGGAGAACCCGCUCGUGUUCCUGUGCUCGCGCUGUAGCCGGCCGCUGGGCGACUGGCUCACCUGGGUGUCCAGCCAGGAGGACGUCAACUGCAUCCUCCUGCGCGGUGUGUCCUCUAAUGUGUCUGUGGAUAAAGAACCGAGACUGUCCAAGUGCAAAGGUGAAGAAGGUUGCCUUCUUGAGACUCUGUGUUGUGCAGGCUGCUCCCUCAGCCUUGGCUCUGUGUACAGAUGCACUCCCAAGAACCCAGACUACAAGAGGGACUUGUUCUGCCUCAGCGUUGAAGCCAUUGAAAGUUACACUUUAGGGUCCGCCGAAAAGCAAGCCGUGUUGGAAGACCAGGAGCUUUUCAGUCUGGAAAGCAGAGUUGAAAUAGAGAAGUCUAUAAAGCAGAUGGAAGAGGUCCUGAAGGCCUUGCAAACGAAGCUGUUGGAGGUUGAAUCAAAACUGCCCUUCGCUGGCUGCAGCAGCUGA